AUGACUAUCUUACUUAACUAUCGACUUCUUGAAAUUUCGAGAUAUAGAGUACAUAACUUUAUACGACAUACCACUAAUUUUAAUGUUAAUAAUGCUCGAAAUUCUACAACAGCCGCAUCUAGAUGUAUUGAGACAGUUAUUUUAAGAAAUGAACAAGAUGCUAAAAAAGUAAUAUAUCAUUUUUCACCUGAGGAACGUGAUCUUUUAUUAAAAGCAUUACAAAAAGAUACUAUUAAUGAUGGUAAUAAAGAAAUAUCAAAAAUUGAUGGCAAAAAAUUAUUUUUAUUUAAUGCUAUACCAUUUGUUGGUUUUGGUAUUCUUGAUAAUAUGAUAAUGAUUAUUGCUGGUGAAUAUAUUGAUCAACAAAUUGGUACAAUUUUUACAAUAAGUACAAUGGCUGCAGCAGCAUUAGGAAAUACAAUUUCUGAUGUUUCUGGUGUUGGUUUAGCUCAUUAUGUUGAAAUAAUUGUUGGAAAAUUUGGUAUUAAACAUCCUGAUCUUAGUGCUGAUCAGCUUAAUUCAAAGAAAGGACGUCUUAUUUCAAAUUUUGCCCGAGCAUUUGGAUUAGUUGUUGGUUGUACAAUUGGAAUGUUUCCACUAUUAUUUUUUAAUAAUAAAUAA